GGGGCAGGCCGAGGCAGGCAGUGUGCCCAUGGCUGGUGAUCGGCGGCCUUUGCCUCUCCGCGCGCGUCUGUGUAUGUGUGUGUGUAGUCCACCCCACCACUAGCCCUUCUUCCACACCAGCUGCCCCUCUCGCAGGUGCCUGGGGAUUCUUACCUACGACUAGAGGCGGAGAGCAGCGGAAGUAGCUGUGGAGUGUGGAGCCUAAAGCGAGUCACAAUGUCGUGCUGACCCUUACUGCAUCUAGGGGCUCAACCCCCUCGCCCCUAUCACACGUACACACACACACCUCCCUUAGGGCGCAGCCUCUUCUCCCAUAUUACUAUUAAUCUCUCCUACUGUCUCGUCGCCUUCGCCUGCCACCAUGACUGUGGACACGUCCGAGGUGGUGACCCUGUUGAGGAAAGGGGACAAAGUGGGAGUGUUGGUAUACCUGAGGAAUGGCGGCGACCCCAACGCGCGGAACCACCUGGGAUGGACGCUCCUGCACCUGGCCUGCGUCGAGGGCCAGACUGAGGUCGUCGAGGUCCUCUUGGACGCCGGCGCUUCGGUGAAUUCCUGCACUACAGACAGUUGUACGCCUCUUCACCGGGCGUCUGCUCAAGGCUACAGCGCCGUCGUAGAGCUUCUGCUCAAGAAGAACGCCUAUGUCAAUGCCCAGGACAAGGCGGGGAACACUCCCCUACACGAGGCCGCCAGGGGCCUCCACACAGCCGUCGCCAAACUGCUUAUAGGCAAGAAGGCGGACAUGGCCAAGACCAAUCGUAAGAACCAGGGAUUUUUACAACUGGUGGGUCAACAGUUGAUGCCAGUGGUGGAGUCUGGGGACUGCGAGGUGCUGGUCCAGUGGUUGGACUGGGGUCUGAGUCCGGACACUAAGGGCAACCUCCACUGGUCCAUCCUUCACCACGCGGCAGCCAGGGGCCAGCUCAACAUCGUCUCUCUCCUCAUUGAGAGGGGUGCCAACAUCAACGCCGAGGACAGCAACCGGACAACGCCCCUCCACACUGCCUCCUUCCACGGCCACCUUCGCGUUGUGGACCUCCUCGCCGACGCCGGAGCCAACCUCAACGCCGCGGAUCAGCGCGGCAACACCCCUCUCCACUCGGCCAUAGAGGGAGGCCAUCCACACGUGAUUUCCCUACUGCUACAGAAGGGCUGCGACACCUCCAUACCCAACAAGGAGGGUCAGAUCUUCACCCACCUGGUGAACGAGUUCCUGGUGAAUGCCGUCCACUCCGCCAACGCAGGCCAAGUGACUAGCCUCUUGAAGGGGCAGGCGGACCCUAACUCUCUGGAUUCCUUCGGCUUUCCGGUCCUCUGUCACGCUGCCUUCAAGGGUGAUGUGCUGAUUACGGACGCCUUGCUGGAGGGUGGCGCGAACCCAAACCUUACUGACGCAGGGGGCAAGACUCCCCUGCACCACGCCGCCUACUGGGGCCACCUCUUCGUUCUUAAGGCGCUCCUGGACAAGGGCGCAACGGUCAAUGUCCAGGACAAGAAUGGGUCGACUCCCCUACACGAGGCGGCGAGGGAAGGAGCGGAGGACGUGAUCACGGUGCUGGUGGGUCGGGGAGCAAAGCUCAACGCCGCCGACGACCAGGGCAACACGCCCCUUCACGCUGCCGCCAGGUGGGGCCAGACCGCAGCCGUCGAGCUCCUCAUGGAGAAGGGCGCCGUAGAUACCGUCAAAAAUAAGAGCGGACUUCUCUACUCGGAUCUGGCGCUGAUCCGUGCAGUUCGGACAGAGGACAGGACUCAAGUGAUGGCAGGACUGGCGUGGGGCGGUGACCCUAACAGUCGAGACCCUCGCGGCUGGACCCUGCUCCACCACGCUGUCUACAAGGGGACGCUUGACAUCUGCUUCUUGCUGCUGGAGUGUGGCGCCAACGUCAACGCUGUCGACUCCCACGGCAGGACGCCCCUCCUACUGGCUGCCUACCGCGGCAAUCAUCAGAUCAUGCAGGUGUUGCUGGACGAAGGCUCGGACAUCAACGCCCAAGACUGGAUGGGUCAGACCCCGCUGCACUGGGCGGCCAGCGAGGGUAGCGUGGACACCGUCCACCUCCUGCUGGAGCGCGGCGCCGACACCUCCGUCAGGAGUAAGGAUGGCCUCCUCUACACCGACAUGCUGUUGAAACACCUGUACCUGGCUGUGAGACACAACGACGCCGACAAGGUGGUGGGGCUGGUGCGCGCGGGGGCUGACCAGUUCGCAGAGGUUGAGGGCACCGGACUCAACCCCCGCGAAGAGGCCAAGCGACAAGGCCUCUACGACAUCCUUCGGCAGAUGGCCGCGCUCGCCAAGAAAGAACCCCGGCCUGAAGACGACAAAAUUGUAGCUCUCGAAGAUGUCUAUAGGCUGUUUGAAGACGGAUAUAUCACUGAGGACGCCGACUCCAGCUCCGCAGUGGAAGGGAGGAGCGAGACGAUUGAGGACGAGGAGGAGACUGACGACACCGAAGAAGAUGCCUACUGGAAAAUGUCCAAUGCUUACGAGGUCCUCACUGUCGAGGAGGCCUUCAAGGAUGAAGAUGACUGGCUGGAAGCAUGGAUGGAAAAGCCGAAGGUGAUUUCUGCCAAAGAGCUCUUCGAGGAAGAUCACGCCGCCUUCUGGGAGAACUGGGAGGAAAAACCCGAAGUCGUAUCUGCGAAAGAGUUCUUCAAAGAAGAUAGCAAUUGGUGGGAAGAUCAAAGCGAUAAAGAGAACCUUGGCAGAGCUGAUGAAAAGGAAAAUAACCCACAAUAUAUAUCAGCUAAAGAGUUCUUCAGGGACGAUGAGUGCUGGUGGAGGGACGCCGUCGAGGACCUGGACACAUCCCAGGGAGUUUCCGCUGAUGAAUGUGAAGGGGCAGAAGGGAUGCCUAAGAAAAUAUCAGCCAAAGACUAUUUCAAAGAUGAAAAGCCAUGGUGGGAGACAGAGGAAGAGGAAAAGAAAAAUGUGAUAUCGGCCAAAGAAUUCUUCAAAGACGAGGACAAACCAUGGUGGGAGACAGAGGAGUUUACUGAGCAAGAGAAAUCCAAGGGCUUCUGGAGUGAAUUAAAAAAAAGCUCGGACACUGCACACUUAUUUAACUGUUACUCUUCAGUCAGUGAAGAAGAGGAGGACGAGGUAACUGCAAGUAGAGACGAGGAGGACGAGGAGGAAGAUGAAAGUAGCAUAUCAGAAUCGAAUGAGGAUGAAAUGGAGUCAUCGAGUAGAACAGAUGACUUCGAGGACGCCAACGAUAGCCUGCUCAGCGACACCAGUACCAUGUACAGUGUGAGUGAAGGGGAGAGACUCCAAGCUAGCGUGGUCUUUAGGGAUACUCCAUGGUGGGAAGCAGACUCCCAGUUAGACCAAACCAGCCCAAGGGAGUCACAGGCAACGAUGCCAUGUGUCUCGCAGGAAAAACAGUGGCAAGACGACCUGAGUGAAGCGAGUGAAGCAACCGAAACUCUUGAUAUGGAUACGAGUGAAAUCAGUGAGGCAGCGACGACGACGGAGUUCUUUCACUCUACUUCACAGAACCCGCAGAUUGAGCCAGAGUUCAUGACUGGCGUUGAGAAGAGCAAACGAAGUAUUAUGGAGAAAAUGAGAACGGAAAUUGAUGUUGAAGAAGAUGCAGAUGACGAAAUUGAUUCAGACGAAGAUGAGGAAAGAGAAACAGACGAAGGUGACAAAGGAUUAGGUGAAGAGUACAACAGUGAAUGUGACGAGAUCAAAAGCGAGGAUGAAAUAGAGGAUAUAUUGGAUGAGGAACUUGGAGUAGAAGAGAGCGAGAGUGAAAACGAUGGAAACGAAGAAGACAGUGACAACAUUCCCUCGAGAACAAAUAGUCCAUCGCCAGGAAUUGAGGUCUCUGGCAUUGCGAACAUUACAGCUGUUAGUGAUGAGAGAAAGAAAAACAUUAUGCCUUCAGUAGAGAUAGACAUGUACGAUCAAGAGAGUGACACCACAAAAUCUAGAACUUGUACUAGAGAUGGAGAAACUGAACCAGUUGAGAAAACAACUUUCAAUUUGCUUGCAGAUUCGGUGAGUAAUGCAGAGUGUUUAGCCAAAGAAGAUACUAACAUAAUCGUAGAUAUAACUAACACUUUGCUAGACCCAAAUCAGUUAUCUGUUGACUCUCACUACAUGGAAGGUAACCUCCAAAAAUCUGAUUCACAGACGAGUGGAUAUGAAUCGAGUUUAUCCUUGUCAGAAACUAAAAUCAAAGAAUGUAAAGUUAGUGUAGUUCAUGAAUGUAGUGAAGAUAGUGCAGUCAAGCGAGAUGAGUGUAAAAGUACUGAACCGUCCUAUGAUGCGAGGGCAGCAACAGGGGUAAAUGAUUUACUUGAAAGAGAGGACAGCGAACCAUUGACCGUCGAAUCAGUGACAGUCACGACUCACGACGAUGAAGUUAACAACCUGCAGAUUGAUGCAGAAAUAAAUAAUGAAGGAAACGCAGAAGAUAUCAAUACAACUCAAGGGAAAUCAGAUGAUGUUGAAAGGAUUGUAAUUCACAUGGAACUUGACACAGGCGAUAUCACAGUAGAUGCAAGUGAGACUAAAGAAGAAAUUGUACAAAAAUUACAGUGUAAACUUUCAGAGGAAGAAAGAAAAGAGAGUAAUGUGGAAAACAUAAUUUACGCUCAUUCUACUAAUAUGAAACUUGUAAAACCCAAACCAACAGCAGCCGCGACUUUAUCCAAUAGUUCUGCUCUUAAAGAAAAUUUAGGAGACAAAACAGCAGUGAAUAAAAUGGAUGACUGCUUGGCUAAAGUCGACGCGAGUCUAGCCUGGGUGGAUGCUCGCUUGACUGAAGACUCCGGCAGUAGGACGGUGAAGGGACGCUCUGUUGAACACAUAUGCGGGAAGCAGCAAGCCGAGGACGCGAGGCCCUUCGCUGUGGUCCCCACACGGGGAGGAGGAGCACCAGCAGGCGUGACUCCUAAGUACUGCGGGGUCGGCAAGAUCACCAAAUCCCAAGGCAGGGUUGAUAGCCCCGCGCCACGUACCAAGAGCAGAACCACAGAAAAGGACUCAGUGCUCCUCAUGAAAGUUCAUGUGCAUGUGCCCGAGGAAAGUAGCAACUUGAGACCUGUUGAAGAAGGUGCUGUCGUCAUCCAUCACGGGACUAUUUCACAACAUAUCACUCCUACUGACAGCAAAAUCACCGGAGGAACGUUUCUCGGGGUGGUCAACACUGCGAACUCAGAGUCAAAGAAGAGUUCCAAAUAUGUUUCUCGGUUAUCAGAAGGCAUUGAUUUAGAGGAUACUGACUUAAAUACACCCAGCCUAAAACCAAAUCAUCAAAUAUUAGCAAGUAAAGCAUAUAUGGAGACUGAAGCCGUGACUGACAAACAAAAGAAAAGCGACCCAGCCACCACACAGGAACUCCUCAGUUGCGUCCGAACCAGCGCCAAGGAAAUAAAUACUCAAACCGGUGAGGAAAUUCCCUCCAGAAAGGUAUUCGAUGAGGGAAUUUCCUCACCAGCAACAGAGGAGGAGAGAGGUCAAGACGAGGGCAGCGUACCGUGCACUUCCCCCACCACGGUGGCGUCCACCAACGGUGAUGAGGACAAAUGUGAAGCUCAUGUCAACAGUGUUACCCAGGAAGAUCACCAUCUGGCAGACGAACAGGAAGAUCACCACUUGGCAGACGAGCAGGAAGAUCACCACCUAGCAGACGAACAGGAAGAUCACCACCUGGCAGACGAACAAGAAGAUCACCACCUAGCAGACGAACAGGAAGAUCACCACCUGGCAGACGAACAGGAAGAUCACCACCUAGCAGACGAACAGGAAGAUCACCACCUAGCAGACGAACAAGAAGAUCACCACCUAGCAGACGAACAGGAAGAUCACCACCUGGCAGACGAACAGGAUGAUCACCACCUAGCAGACGAACAGGAAGAUCACCACCUGGCAGACGAACAAGAAGAUCACCACCUAGCAGACGAACAGGAAGAUCACCACCUGGCAGACGAACAAGAAGAUCACCACCUAGCAGACGAACAGGAUGAUCACCACCUGGCAGACGAGCAGGAAGAUCACCACCUAGCAGACGAACAGGAUGAUCACCACCUGGCAGACGAGCAGGAAGAUCACCACCUAGCAGACGAACAGGAAGAUCACCACGUAGCAGACGAGCAGGAAGAUCACCACCUGGCAGACGAGCAGGAAGAUCACCACGUAGCAGAUGAACAGGAAGAUCAAAAUGGACCAAAUGUUCCAACCAGCGAUGAUAGAAACAUCAGGAUGAAUGUUAUGAACCAGCAGAAAACAGAGUUGUCUCAUGAAAGUUCUCCAGAACGACCAACAGCGACUGGUGCUAGUGAAGUUCCCCGUCGUCCCCCUCGAGAAACCGUCUGGCGAUGUAGCACUUACGAAGCGAUGAGUCUUAGUGACUACGACAACCUUGCAUUCCUAAUCCGGAAGUCAGCUAGCUCUCCGGCCUGCUGGAUCGCCAAGAAGACCCUCAGUAUAGAGUCUUUGGACAAGGCCAGGGAUGACCCUUCAGAGGAGGCUUCGCUUAAAUGUACUGCAACAGGCCAGAGACGUGCCCCAUCAGACGAAGCUUCGUCCAAAUAUAUUAAUACUGGCCAAAGGCAUUUCCCCUCUGAAGAAGCUUCGUCUGAAAGCACUACUAGCAACAAGCAUGUCCCCUCAGAGGAAACCUCUCCACAGUGCACUACUGAUUUGAAACAUAUUCCCUCGGAAGAAUAUUCUACGACUGGUCAAAAUCAGGGGCAUUUGUCAGAGACAUUGUUCAAAGUUGAUGGUGGUCAGAAUUAUGGCUCUGUCACUGAAGAACCUCUGACCCAGCUCUCAGAGUCAGAUGAUGUGAAGGCAACUCGUCCAAGUGCAGCCAAAACUCCCAGCAGUAGAUGUCAUGUAGAUAGAUAUGCAAACAUUGAAAGUAGACACCAUGUAGAACAAGCCAGUAGAAGUAGAUGUUACAGUAGAAGGGCCAAUAUAAACUCCCAUGAACAAACUGAGAGACAGUCAGAGACUCCCUGUGACAGAGACAGCGUUAUUAAGAAAAUUCCACAAACGUCAGUUGCAUGCGAGGCUACCGUAUCAUCGGCCGCCCCACCCACACCAGUAGCAGCUCAGGCAUGUUCUAACUCUAGUGAAAGUAGCACCGCUCCAGAUCCGCUCCUUAUUCCUCCACGGAGAAGGGAACGCAAAAUGCAAAAUCAAACUGUAAAUGACAAAGAUGAUGGACAUAGUGCAAACAGCAAAUCUACUACUAAUGCGCCAAAAACGCCUACUAACACCACUUUGUUGUAUGACCCAGAUAAAAAAGAGGACCGUAAAAUAGCGGAAGCCUCGCAAAUAGCGCCUGGCGCUCUUCAAGUACAUCAAGCGCCUGCUAUAUCAAGCAAGGAUCCCAAGAAGGACCAAAACAAGACCAAAGAGGUAAGCACAGAGUGGACCAGCCUAUUCUCGCUUACAUCUGCUAUACUGCUUAUGCAAAAUCUUGCUUUUAUAUAUUUCAUUUUAAUUCCUUUCUUGAAAAUAAUGACCUCAUUCUUGUAGUUUCUACAAAAGCAGUUGCUUUAUAGUUUGCAGAACAUGAAGACAAUUCACAUCAUGCACGCAAAACCUGGUUGUAACAGUGAAAUAUACAGAUCAAGUUUUGGGGGUAGAGAUGACGCCGGUGUUCAAUAUUCUUUGCAGUUGUGCGCGGUGGCGGGCAAGUCAGACCCCGUCAGGAAGUCCUCCUCCUGCCACAUAAGUUGAUCCACGCCACAUACCCUCAGCAGUGCUCACAUACUUGCCACUGCGUUGUUCACAUCCUUCGUGGCGUUGUCUGAUACGUUCAUGGUUCAGUACGAUACUUUCAUGGUGCCGUACGAUAUCUUCGUGGUGCCGUACGAUAUCUUCGUGGUCUCGUACGAUACCUUUAUGGUACCAUGCUAUAUCUUUAUGGUAACGUCCGAUGCCUUCAUGGUACCAUACGAUACCUUCAUGGUUGCGUCCGAUACCUUCAUGGUACCUUACGAUACCUUCAUGGUAUCAUACCAUACCUUCAUGGUAUCAUACCAUACCUUCAUUGUACCGUCUAAUAGCUUCAAGGUACUGUGCGAUACCUAUAUGGUACCAUACAAUACCUUCAUGGUACCUUACAAUACCUUCAUGUACCAUAUAAUACCUUCAUGUACCAUACAAUACCUUCAUGGUACCGUGCUAUACCUUCAUGGUACUGUGCGAUACCUUCAGGGUAUCGUGCGAUAUUUUCAUGGUACCGUGCGAUAUUUUCAAGGUACCGUGCGAUACCUUCAUGGUACCAUACGAUACCUUCACGGUACCGCACGAUAUCACCAUGGUAUUAUGCUCAAAUAAAUAUAUUUUUCGUCAUUCCGUCACAAGCGAGUCCAAUGUUCCAGCAAUCAAUAUUGUAAUCUUCCGCGAUCGAGCUUCAGCUCUUUGGUCCCGCCUGUAUACGUUGUCAAUUAUGUGACAGCCCAUAUGAACAAGACACGUCUGCCCCCAGAAUUUGAAUUAAAUAUAUUUGUAAACUGAUAACCACGUAAUAAUGUAUCUAUAGGAUGCUAACAUCGCAAGCAGUGACUGCUGCAUGUGGAAAUGUUUGUGGAAUACGAUAUAAAGCUGUUUAUAAUCAAGAAAAAGCUGUUGUUCAUCCAAAUUAACGAUAAAUCUGAAAUAAACUCAGAGAAACGUCCAUUCCAUCAUUUAGAGUGCUCCCUCUCCUCCUCUUCCUCCUGUCAUGCCUUUUGCUGAUAAAGUGAUUAUGUUGAACCCCCGUGGAGUCUGACUGGCUCACUGCUCUGUCUUGGUGUCGGCAGUAAAUAGCAGUUCCAUGUGUUGCCCCCAGCACAACCCCAGAAAAUCCUUGGGAGAUUUAGUCACACAUAGAUUCACUUCCUCCUUCAGGGACUAAGUGAUUCUAGCACAUGGACUCUGUCUUUCAGGAACUAUAGGUGAUUCUCUUUCAAACAAGUUAUAUGUAAAUGAUCACCAUGUUUCUGUAAUGUUCCAAAAGAUUGUGAAAACAUAUUAUUGGCAGUAAAGUGUUCUCUGUUAAAGCAUUACUGAUCGACACAGAGUUGUGGAUAGGCUACAAAUACCAAGUUUCGCUGCUUUCAAUAAUUUUAACCUGACUGCCAAUAUUUUGACCACUUGCAUCAUUUUUAUUGUUCAUUUGCACAUUAUUUUCACUCCCGUUUAUAUUCCUUUUUUAUUGUGAUUUUGCAAGUUUUAUAAUAAAAACUGGAGAUAUGCAAGGUACAGGUUGCAGUAUCAAUAGAUAGUACUAAAUACAUUUCAGUCAUUAUUUAUCUUGUAUCAGGUGGGACAUGUUGAAUGCAAGUAUUUGCAUACAAUGAUGCAUCCCAUAUCAGACUGCUUAAUAUGUGCAACAGUACUGUUUAAUAUGUGCAACAGUACUGUUUAAUAUGUGCAACAGUAGUUUAAUAUGUGCAACAGUAGUUUAAUAUGUGCAACACAGUACUGUUGAAUAUGUGUAACUACUGUUUAAUAUGUGCAACAGUAGUUUAGUAUGUGCAUCACAGUACUGUUUAAUGUGUAACAGUACUGUUUAAUAUGUGCAACAGUAGUUUAGUAUGUGCAACACAGUACUGUUUAAUAUGUGCAACAGUUCUGUUUAAUAUGUGCAACAGUACAGUUUAAUAUAUGCAACAGUACAGUUUAAUACGUGCAACCGUACAGUUUAAUACGUGCAACCGUACAGUUUAGUAUGUACAACCGUACUGUUUAAUACGUGCAAACAGUGUUGUAGAUAAGUUAUAUGUUCCCAGCCAAGCCUAGUCACGUGCAUGCUGUUUGGCUCUUGUAAAAUGAGAACGCGGCAGAAGUACCCACAGGAUGAUCUCGCAGGACCAUACUAAUGUAGAUUAUAUGGUAGGCUACACAAUAUAAUCUAUAUGUCCUGCUAUGACUAAAUAUGUAAAGUGUUUAUUGACACAGCUAGGAAGAUGGCCUUAUAUUAGCGAUACACUGAUAUACUUAUAUCAGCAGUAUAUCCUAUCCCAGUACCAAUAGGUACGCGAUAUAUCCUACUCCAGUAUCAUAGACUUUAUCAAUGAAACCUAUUAUGGGUGGUUAUAAAUAGGAGCUGCCUCGUAUGGGCCAAUAGGCCUUUGUUUUUGUUCUUAUGGUGCUUAAAAACACAAUAGCAGAAAAACUCAACUUGUGGUACUUGUAUCUGCCAAUGGACUCAACCUUCAAAAGCUUUUGGAAAAAAAGUUUGUCUUGAUGUAGUUGAUUGUGGUUAUAUCACGUUAAAUAUGCUAUCGCCUCCCUUUAAAACACACGAGAAGACUGUUGUGGUCACUGCAUGUUACUGUAUCUCACAGUCGAUGCUUAUAAAAUAUGCCUAGGCUUCCUUGCGAAUGUGUGUGUGUGUGGCUUUGUCUUUUCCACACAUAAUGUACUGAUCAGUGCAGCCCCAAACUGGACAUACAUCUGUGGUCUCUCACACUGCGUAUACAUGUAUGCUCCCUCUACACUGCGUAUAUAUCUAUGCUCCCCGCACUGUGUAUACAUGUGUGCUUCCCUUUUGCCUCUAUACAUCCUUUAUCCGCCUUCUAUACCUCUCCCUUCUCCACUGGCUGUCCCGUCUUCUCUCAAGUACCCAGGCACCAUUUAAUGCCAGGUGCUCGAAUUUGUCUCCCAGUAUAGAG